AUGGUGGACAAUGCCAACCCUCCAGACUGGCUGAGGGAGCGUCACGGAAAGCCUGCACGUCUGCCAGACGGCGUGCGCCCAGAUGCAUCCUCGCAAGGAACCAAGUCAAGCCUCGGUACGGCAGCGAGAGGAUCCAGAGUUCAGUACAAGACGGCGCUUGCCCCAGGAAACCUGGCUACAUUUGGUAAACAUACCCAAGUUCGAUCAUACGUACACUGGACUGCAGCUGUGCUAGCGAGCAAUCCGGACGGUCUACGGAGGGAAUCUAAGCCUUCCCAGGAUUACAAGCAGCGGAGGCAGGCAUUCGAAUCCAGAGCAACAGUGAUGGUUUCGCGCCAAAGGACAGCGGGCAGCUAUCGGGAACCCAACGAGCAGGUCGCCCAACAGGCAGAGAGGGCCCUGCGCGUCCAGGCUGACAGGAGCCAGCUGUCCCGCACAGAUGCUGUUGAUGGCAAAGAACCAAAGAAAAGCGCACAAAGGGAGACAUGUGCGCCGCUAACUGACAACGUGAAGAAAAGGGUGGAGCCGUCGCAGCAGCAUCUCGAGGAAGAACAUAUGCGCCGAGGGCCAGAGGAAGCCUCGAGACAAGAGUUAGAGGCGCGCCAUACAAGGGAGUAUCUUCUGAACAUGGUACGAGAUGGGGAACAAGUCAGAUCGACGCUGGAAAGUUAUUUAGCGAAGCGGGCCGAGCAGAUGGUGAGUGCCGCUCGCAAAGCAGCGGAGAGGAAGAAACAGAAAGAGAGAGAGGCAGCAGAACGGGAGGGGCUGGCCCAAGCGGAGAAGGAGAGUCGCCUACGGGAGGCCAUUGAGAGAGGAUUUGACAGAGACGAGAAAAAAAGCGUCCAACAGCUUAUUCUUGAGGUGGAAGACAUGCUGGCGAAGCGAAAGCGAAAAGAACUCUUGGAGAAGGAAGAUGCGGAGAGAAGAGCGUUGGAGACGAUGAAUGAAUUGAUGAGGCAGUGGGCGUAUCAGGCGACUGAGACAGUGCACAGGAAGGGAGCAGAGGCGUGCCUCCGAAGACAUGAGGAAUGCAACCGAGGUCAAGCAAGCCAGCUUCCUGCAGACAGAAUGGCAAACGCAGAUAGAACGUUGCCGGGAGCGAAUGCCCCUACACCUCGCCAGGAAGACAGAAGCGAAAUUGGUCGAAAGAGUUGGCCAGGCAGCCCUGCCGGUCAAUCUUCGAGCCUCUCCUGUUCCAGGGUGGCAGAACCGGACACGCUUUCCUCCCCCGGAUAUCCUUCCUCUCUUUCAUCGUACGACUUUACCUCCGAGAAAACCGAGCAGCAUGAUGGGAAUGAGGAAGAAUGGGUGACAACCUGCAGCGAGACAGAGAAAGAACGUCUGCGCGUGAAGCCCUUGAGUAACGAAGGACGCAAGCCCAAAUGCAACUCACGCAUCAGCUCACGGCUGCUAGGAUUGCUCGUUUCUUGUUGCUAUGAUUAUCUUAGGAGACGAAAAGGAGAGAGAGCUCCAUGCCGGAAUACCAGGGUGGUCCUCGUCCGUGGUGAGAUGAAAGCUGCCAAAGACGAGCCCCGAGUCGGCGGCACCCUCGCCUCCGUGAAGACAGUUCACUCCAAGCGACAGCAGGACAGAACUUCAGUGAGGUCCACUCACGCGGCAAAGGAGGCGAGACACUCUUACGAGGCGGACACCUACGAGACGACCGAUACUUUUCUGUCGCGGAUCACUGGACCUAGUCAUCCCCUACGCGGUGGUCGCGGUGAAGUCCCUUGUCGAGGAGCCGAAGAUACUAACAGACAGCAAGGACAAACGCGGCCUACAUUCAACACAACAAGAACAGAAAGCCACCGCGUACCACUGAUUACAAUGGUGGACGACGGUUUCAAAGCAGAGGUGGAGGCUCUCCGAGCACUCUUAAGAGUUCCUCUGCAGCCGGCAGCGGAGUUUUUGAGGGGGCCCUAUAAGACGGGCCCCGAGCCUCACCACUUUCUCCAGGUGCCUGUAUCCAGUGGAUCUUCUUCUUACGCCCCGCGCCGACAGAAGAUCGGCGACAACCCCGUGGGUCACCGAUGGUGCCGAGCGCUUGCUGGCCUACCGCAUGCCCUGGAUCAGGGGACCCCACAUCCGCUUGACUUGAAGCUUAACCCCAACUCCUGCAAAGGCACAACAAUUCUUGGAGACAAAGUAGCGGACGCUUGCUGGAUGACAUGGAGCCGUCGCAUGCGCGUGCACGACCCGCGCACCCCCUCGCCUCCUGGCAUCAUGAGGCCGGUUCGAGCUCAGCCGGCCGCCCAGGUAACAACCAGCGCUAGCUGGUGUUCGUGA